GUGGAUCUCGUCGGUGGGAUCACCUGCGUGGCGUACGGCAUUGUCAUUCCCUGCUGUUUUGCCGUUCUCUUCGCCAAGCAGCAUGUCAUCAUGCAGCAGAGCAAGAUCUUCUUCAUCGCAUGCGACGAUGACAGUCAGGGAAAGGUGCAUUUGCGCCUUGAGUUUUGCGAGAAGUCCGCCACUUUCCAGGAAUCCAAAACGGCCAAUCUGCUGGUGGCCGCUGCCGCGGCCCAUGUAGCAGUCCACAUUCGUGGUAAUGCAGCCGUGGAGCUGCACAAAGAUGAAGUGAUCGUGACAAGCUUGGACGGAGACAGCACCCAACACCACACAGUUUCAGCAGAGAGUCUCAUCUUGCCGAUGACGCAGAAGCACACAAAUAUACUGAACCGCAAUGCUAUGAUGCGCAUGCUCACCGAACGCAUUCUUCUGGAAGAAGCGGAGUCGGACAGAAUCAUGAUGGGUGCGAAGCGGCUGCUGUGCAAAUAUGCCAGCUGCCGGAAUGUGCGGAUGGAGGUGGCCCUGAAGCUUGCAUCCAUGGCCUUGGUCUCUGUCGUCACUGCGAGGGACGGCCCGUGGCUCUCCGUGGCCAUCUGCUUGGCCAUGGCUCUGGUCAUCGGCGUCGCCCGGCCCUACGCAAAGCCCCAGGUGAAUGCGCUGCAGAGCUUCUCGUUUUCAUGCUUGUCGGUGGCCGCCCUGGGCUUCUCGCACCGCUUCGUCCAAGUCGCACGCCUGGCGCUGGUCGCACCGCUGCUGCUGGUGGUUGUGCAGCUCCUGCGCCCGGACUCUGCCCAGGGCCUGGCCUUGCGUCUUCAGGAGGAGCUGAAAGACAAGAUCCCGGAAAUGCAGAAGGGCGAAGUGGUUGAAGUGAACGCAGAGCAGCUGAGGCUGUUGUGA